CAACGAAUUGUGUUAAUCCACGGAUAAGAUAAAAGCAUUAGUCAAUGAAACGUUCAUGUGUUCAUUCACACUUAUCGUGUCUACGAAAGUGUUAAUCUUACCACUGCGCUACCUUCAGUGAAGGGCACCUCAUUUAGUAUCCAUUUCAGCAGUCACAGAACAACAUGGUCACGGGACGUUGGAGAACAAAGUUGCAGAGACUUAUUGUAGUUGUGGGUUUGUUGUUAAAAGUUGCAAAAAGUUGCCCAGAACUGAGACAAUGCUUCCCAGAGUCAGUCGUAACUGUGCCCUGCCAAAACGAUCCCACCCCAGAAUGGACCUCGGAGCCAAGUGAUAUAGACUGUAGUAUUUACGUUUCCUGUUUCAAUGCUAUCGGCAUAAAGAUGUGCUGUCCGGAUGGGAUGCUCUUCAAUCCGGACACACUUAAAUGUGACGAUGAAAGCAAUGUGGACUGUCAAAUCGAGCCCCCGCCGUGUCCGCAAACGACAACGACGUCCAUGCCGGAUACUACAACAGGCCUAGCCGAUACUACAACGAACGAUGCAGACACCACGAUGGUAACAAAUCCUGUAGAAACAACGACCGAUUUAAGCACUGACGAAACUUCAACUACAACGGAUGAAACAGAUACCACCACGCAACCAAUUACAACUACCCAAGAAAUUACUUCGACCGCAGCGAUAGAUACCACCACCGUUCAGCAGGGGCCAGACUUAGCCGCACUUUGUGCAGCACUAUCUACGGAUUCGUUAGUGGAAUUAGCAUAUCCCGGAGAGUGCAGUUCUUACAUUGUGUGUUUGGAUAGGCAAUACAUUGCCACCGAAGCAUGCCCGGCCGGACUACACCACAAUCCCAUACUUUCCGUCUGCGACUCGCCAGACCAAGCAGAGUGUUUGGAUUACAUUUGUCAGAACAAUCCCGAGGGCAGCCAAAUAAAUAUAGCCAGCAUAAACUCCUGCCAAAGAUAUUACAUAUGCAUUGGCAACAUGACAGUAGAACGGUUCUGCGCGCCAGGUACAAUCUACGAUGACGAGAAUGGUUGGUGUAUCGUCGAAGAUGUGGAUAAUCCUUGUGUGCGCGAACGACUUCCCGCCCCACCUCAAGGGGUAAUCAUGCAGUGCACGGGAGAAAGUGAAUUAACUAAAAUUCGCCAUCCAACGAUGUGCGAUGUGUAUUACCGAUGUCUUAACGGGCGGCUUUGGGCGCGACAGUGCCCCGCGGGUCUUUAUUUCGAUACAGAUCGAGCUCAAUGCAACUUGGCAGAAGUUGUGUCGUGUGAAGUACAGCAAUAGUAUACGUAAAUAUGAAAAUAUAUAUUGUCUUAUAAAUGAUUACACAUUACAAGCUUUUUGUGAGGAAAGGGUUGUUCACAUGCGAACCAACGUUAGAGGGUUGCAAAUACGAAAAAUGCCGGCAUAACGACAAUCAAAAUAAAUAAAUUUAUGCAUAGAAACAUUGUCUGUCUA